CGAUCAUUCGUGUUUGAGCCGCGCUGCAGUUAACAACGCUCCCAAUUCGCUCCUGAAAAAAUUUGCGCGUGUGCCGCGAAAAAUUUUAAAUCGCCAACGGGAGUGUGUGUGAAUAAUAAUAAUAAUAAUAAAAUAGGAAAAGCUACAUUUUUCAAAGCGAUUUGCGCUGGUGCGGAUAUAAAUAGCGAACGUACAGCGAGCUCGCGCCUUUUCACUUAUCAGAGUCCAAAAGACGAAUAAUGCCGGUGAAGGAGAUUCUCCAGCGGUGCAAGCCGAUCCCGCUGUACACCGUGCUGGUGCUAUCGAUCUGCUACUUCGUGCUCCAGCUGAUCCUCAGCCACUUGACCCAUGGACUCACUCUUCUUAUGGCCAGUCAUCAUAUGUUGUGUAAUAUUUUCGCACUCGGUGGCUGCAUCAUCACAAUUAAGCAUAGUAAACAAGCACCCCAGGCGAAACAUCCUGCCACCGCCCUGACCAAGAUAAGCGGCUCCGGAGUAGCAGUCGACCUGGCUGAAACGGAUGCCCAAACCCGGGCCAAAAGAGAGUGUCAGGAGCAGAAGCUGCGCAAUACAUUUGGUUGGGCCAGGAUCGAUAUUUUGACCAUGCUGAUUGUGUUCAUUAUCCUGGCCUCGUUAUCCUUUUCGCUGGUGGUGGAAGCUCUGCAAACUCUAGUUCACAUCGAUCAUCAGGAUACGAUGCAUCUUCCAAUACCCGUGAUGAUGCUGGGUUUCAUCGGCCUAAUCCUGAAUGGACUGACAUAUCUGCUAAUCGGUGGAUACACGCUGCACCAGGGAAGCUUUCUGCACCUCACACCCGGAGGAAACGUGGUGCUGGAGCGACCCAUGUCCAGCAAUUUAGAUCUAUCCCUAACUCCGAUGCAAAGACAACUCAGCAAAUCACGGAACGAUCGUCAGUUGCGCGAGGAACUAGAAGCGGAAGUGGGUAGCGUUUACUUUGCCACCAAGCGCCAGGGAGCCGUGGAAAUGCUGCGGGAUGUGUCCAGUACCAUAUUUGUGAUCGUUUGUGCCGCAAUCGUCUAUGUGGCGGAGGAUGAGCAGCAUACAGCGAAGUUCAUUGAUCCCGUGCUCUCAAUUUUCUCUUGCGUUCUGCUCGUCACGCUUAGUUAUCCCUACAUGAAAGAAUCCUGCUUGAUCCUUCUGCAAACCAUUCCGGGUUCCAUCGACUUGGAAAUCUUUGAGCGAACCUUGGUCACUAAGUUCCCGGAGAUCAUUAGUUACCAUGACCUGCAUAUAUGGCAAUUGGCAGCCCACCGAUACGUGGCUACCAUACACAUUCAGUUCCAGAAUCCCAAACUCUACCUCAAGAUCAUCGAACAGGUUCGGGCAUACUUCCACGAUCAGGGAAUCGGAGCAGUCACAAUCCAACCGGAGUUCUAUCCGGCCACCAAUAAGAAUGCCUCAGCCUCGCUGGAAUGCCUGAUGCAAUGCCAGGCAGUGGAAUGCAUCGAGAAGGUCUGCUGCAGGGAUUCUCGCACCGAUCUGCGCGAGGUUUGUGAUGCUCCCAGUGGCCGAAAAUCAUCGUCUCCAGCCAAGUGUGUAGGCAAUAGCCACGAACAUAGCAGAGCGAAAUCCAAGUCUUGCGCAGAGCUAAGUGCAGUGGUUGUGGAGAAACCCAAGGAACUUUGCGCAGGCCAGCUGCUAAAGGGUCAAGCUGAGCAAGUAGCAAAGUCCAUGCCCAAACUUGAAGAAACUUGUGUGGAUUCUACGAAAGAAGAUGUAGUCAAAUCAAACGGCACUUUACCUGGGCCAACGAGCAGCGAUUGA